AUGACCACCCCCGGUCGCCACGGAAAGGUCGUCGCCUUCGAGGGAUCCUCCGACUCCUCCGUUUGCACCCAGCUCCGACUCCUCCCCGUGUCACCCCAGAUCCUCAUCCUACCCUCCCUCGAGAACUACCUACUCCCAUCCGACCCUCGGGACCGGGACCCCGCCCGGUUUCACGCUCCCACCUUUGUCCGAAGUGUCCACGAUGCCGCCGCCGCGCGCAUGACCGCCGCCCUCUCUUUCCUCAACGAGGGCAGCCCCGACGCCAAACGACUCGUCUUCCUCAACGGCGGCACCCCUCCGCCUACGCCCUCUGCAUCCGCGCCAUCGCCGAGAACGAGACGGCUGGGGACGUGGCAAGGGCCGAGGACCGCCUCCGGACCCUGCAACAGAAACAACGACGACGACGACAAAGACCCCAGGGCUCGGAAAACGGCCCCGCUCCUGCUCGUACUCGCGCCGGCAGUCUCGGGCAGCGACGAGCUGCGCUUCCUCGAAUCCUUCUUCAUCCACGAUCCCAUCACCACGGCCAUGCGCGCGGCCGACGCCCUCGACCGGCAGACCGAGUCUCUGCAGCCGAGCACCGUCCUGGACCUAACGCCCGCGGCGACCGCGAGACGGCCGCGGCCGCGCAGCAUGAGCCUCCCUAUUUACGGCUUCCUGGAUAACUUGGGCGAUUCCGCGCCCUUCUUCGUUUUCGGCGCCCGCUCGGAUAAGCUCAUGUCGGGGGACGAGUCGAGCCCCCGCCUCGCCAUUACGAGUUUCUACGACGAGCCCGACGACACCGACGGCCUCGAUUCGUGCCUCGCCUCCCCAUCUCGCACCGCCCGUCGAGCUGCCUGGGCGAAACACCGUCGUCUUUGGCGAAGCCUCCAUCCUGCGCAUGUCCUCUUCGCCGUCCCGCUCCCGGCGCGGCAGCCUGCGGAGGGCCACCUCCUCGAUAGAGCCAGCACCCGAAGCGGCGCGCGCCUCCUGGAGCUGUCCCUCCGCCUCUCGUCGACCACCACGCAGAUCAACCACUGGUUCGAGGACCUCGACGACAUCAAGCGAUUUUCCAACCCCAACGUCGGGAGCGACAAGGCGGCGCCCGCGUCGCCGUCUUCGGUGAGCCCCAGCUACGGCGGCGGCGGCCUCCCCACGUCGUCGGCGUUUGUGGUUCGGCCCGCCACGGCGACCCCAUCCUCAGGCACGGAUGCAGAGGUCGCGCCCUCGGUCGCGCGGGCUAGUAUCGAGCCGGUUUUGCCGUUUACGGAGGAUCUCGUCGUGUAUUUCAAAAACGGGCGCCCCGAUUCCGUGCUGGACCGCGUCGUCCGGUCGUUGAAGCGCAACACUGCGUAUGGCAAGCAGCAGCCGCCUGUAGUGCCUGUAGUAGCUGACGUUCAGCGCGAAGAGAGGAUCCGCACACCAGCACGUCCCGUAGUAACACCCACAAAGCAAGAGUCGCCGCCGGUCCGGACUGUUCGUGCGUCUCCCUCCAUCCAGACCACCAGCACCACCGACAACGACGAAUACGACCCGUUUUCCUACCAGAACCAACCCUCAUGGAUGUCAACAAGCCGCCUCACAAUGUCAACGACCAUCACGACCAAAACGACAAUCUCAUCCCCUGGCGCGCAACAACGCCCGUUCGCCCACCCACGCCCAUCGUCAUCCCGCAUCCACGAGUUCGACGUGACAGGCAGCCCCACCGCCCUCGCCGUGCAAAACGGGCUCCGGUCGCUUCUCAGCAAGCGAUUUCCCGCGGCCGAGAACGGAUUCCGCCAGUUUAGCUUCCAUCCCCUCCCCGAGCUCGACGGUUUCUGGAGGCCCAUUUUCCCGGGUGCCGUCCGCGACCGCGACGCCCGCCCGGGGCAGGACGUGGCCAACAGCAGCAGCAACAACAGUAGCGUCAGCGUCAGCGGCGGACGCAUCGUCGACCAAAUCAUCGCCUUUGGCGCCCAGACCGGCGUCCCCGAGACUUCGUCUCCAGCCAGCCGCCUCGACUUCCGGUACCUCGUCGCCAACGCCAUGCAGGCCUUCACCGCACAGCCCCUCGCCAAGCAGACGGACGAGAACCCCUUUGCGAACCCCUACCUCCUCGCCACCCUCGUCAUCCCCCACCUCGAAACCUACCUCGCCGCCCACUGCGAAGUCCGCCUCCUCGUCCUCGAGUACCCUUCGGAGCACCUCGCCACCGUCCUGGCCAUGCAGCGCCUCCUCGGCCUCGACCUCAUGAAGGUGGCCCAAAUCAUCGCCGCGGACCAUCAUUCCGCGUCCGGUAACCACCUCUUCGGACCCUUGCGCGGCGCCCGGAGCCAGGAGAGCUCGCGGUCCGCCACGCCCACCAAGUGGCCCUCGACGCACUACUACGGCGUAAGCUCUUCGCCCUCCCGCUCCGCCGAGAACCUCACGCCCGCGACGGCAAACUACCUUCUCACAUCCCGAGCCACCGAGGCCGAGGUGUCCACCUUCCUCUCCACCAUUUCCGCCGUCCUCGCGGCCAUCUCUCCGCUGUAUGCCGACAGCUACUACUACGCCGGCGGCCUCCAUCACCAACAUGAGCAGUCUCGACGACUGGACUCGGCCGGCUCAGCAGGCCCCUCCUCCAUGGGCAGCCCCGCCAUGUCCCCUCCUCCCUCGGGUGCCACGUUUUCCGCCAUCCCGCACUUGACCGUCUCGUCCCAGAGCCCGCUCCUCUCUCCGGCUUCCCUGCCCCACUACGGUACUUCGUCCCCUAGCAUCUACCGCAGCGCAAAGCACCUGCCCCUCGAACCCGAGGAUGAGGGCGUGGGCCUGGAUAUCGACGACGGCUCGGACUACGAGGACCUGGAGGAGAAGAGACUGAUGCCCAUCUUCAUGAGGAGAUCCACGGCCAGGAAGAGCGACAGCCAUAAAGCGUUGAAGUUUUUGGGCUUGGCUUGA